AUGAAACUCAUUGUGGCUGGAGCUACUGGUCUGGUGGGCGCAGAGGUCAUCCGUCAGAGUCUGCAGAUCAGUGAGAUAAGCUUAGUUAUCGCACUUUCCAGGAAACCCGUCCAGGUCGAAGACGACAUCUAUUCAUCUAAGCUGAAGAGCGUUGUGAUUAGUGACUAUGAGGAGUAUCCAGACCAUGUAAAAGCCGAAUUUGCUGGGGCUGACGCGUGCAUAUGGACUGUCGCAGUAACACCUUUCAGAGCUGGAAGCUUUGACUUUACGGAGGUUAAACGCUGCGAAACGGAGCUCAUGGUUCUCGACUUUCCUGCGCAAUAUGAGGGGGUUGAGGUUUGCAUUGCUCAGCCCGGGGUAGUGACAAAUUCAAUAACGUGGUCGAGGGCUGCUCUGAGCGCCCUGUGUCGUGUUAUCAAUGUCUUCGGGCGAGUCGUCCCGACUGUAGACCGAGAAGAGCUCUCGAAAGCAUCAGACUGGGACAAGCCGUCUUAUGAGUGA